AUGAUGGUAACAGCAAUAUCAGCACUAGUUAAGUUAGUAGCUGAUCUCUCUAGGGAUCAGACUUUAGUUAGACAGAGCCUAACCAGUUUAAAUUUAGACAAGGAAGUAAAAGAUAUGGCGGGAAUUGAAGCUACAGAUGGUUUUCUAUUUGAAGAAAAUUUGACUGACAGGGUUAAGGCAUCAAAGGCUUUGAAGAAAUCCGAGAACGAACUAAAAAGGUCGAAACCUAAGAAGCAUUUAAACUUUAAACAGCCGUCCAAACGUCUCCAAAGUGUGGGCAGCUACACUCCAUACAGAUAUGCAAGGAACACUCCACUGAAAUACGUAGGGAAAUCCGGACAUCAUCACACAGAAUCUCAAAAGCCAAGGGACAGGUCCAAGAGGAGAUAUUAA